GGGGUAAAGCUUGUCACCCCCCAGGAUCUGGUCAUCAGGGAAAAGGGCAGGGAGACCAGAGGAGGGCCAGCUGGGGCCAGGGGGGGUGGAGGCUCAGGAAGCAGCAUCUGAGAAGGGCAGGGACCAGGCGCAGGAGGCCAGGGGCCCAGAGAACAGACUCCCCUCAGAAGUGCAGAAGAGGAGAGCGGAAGGAACCGAGGGAGGGACAGACAGGAGUCUGAGAAGGAAAGAGGAGGGGGAGAGGGGUCAGGCCUGGCAGCCAAGGAGGAGGCGUGUGGCUGGGCCUGUGUGGCUGGGGGCUGCCGGCCUUGGCUUCCUGCGGGGGCACAGGGCCGGCCCAGCGUGCUGUCCCGUGGAGCCUGGGAGCAGCGGCAUCCCCCAGGGCCAGGCAGAGGCACUAAUUGUCAGGUCGGGAUGUGCCUCUGAGAGCUGAAAGGAGCCCCCCACCAUGGCCCCCAGCACCCUCUGGAGCUGCUACCUCUGCUGCCUGCUGACUGCAGCCACCAAAGCUGCCAGCUACCCUCCUCGAGGUUACAGCCUCUACACAGGGGGCAACGGGGCCCUCAGCCCUGGGAGGCCCCAGGCCCAGAACGCUCCCCGGCCCGCCAGCCGCCACAGGAACUGGUGUGCUUAUGUGGUGACCCGGACUGUGAGCUGUGUCCUUGAAGAUGGAGUAGAAAGUUUCAUCAAGUCAGACUACCAACCCUGCAGCUGGGGCCAGCCCCAAUGUCCCGGAAGCAUCACGUAUAGGAACUUCUUCCGUCCUCGCUACCGUGUGGCCUACAAGACAGUGACAGAUAUGGAAUGGCGGUGCUGUCAAGGGUAUAGGGGUGAUGACUGUGGAGAAGGUCUUGCCUCAGCACUGGGGCCUGCACUCUCUACCCCACACCCCAGGCCCCGUCCUGCCCGCCCCAAUCUCUCUGGCUCCAGUGCGGGCAGCCAUCUCAGUGGACUAGGGGGAGAAGGUCCUGGGGAGUCGGAGAAAGUGCAGCAGCUGGAGCAGCAGGUGCAGAGCCUGACCAAGGAGAUGCAAGGCCUUCAGGGUGUCCUGCAGGGGCUGAGUGGGCGCCUGGCAGAAGACGUGCAGCGGGCCGUGGAGACAGCCUUCAAUGGGAGGCAGCAGCCAGCAGAUGCAGCUGCCCGUCCUGGCGUGCACGAAACCCUCAAUGAGAUCCAGCACCAACUGCAACUGCUUGACAACCGUGUCUCCACCCAUGACCAAGAGCUGGGCCACCUCAACAACCAUCACAAUGGUGGUAGUGGUGGAGAAGGCAGAGUCCCAGUUCCAGCCCCAGCUGGCCCCAGUGAGGAGCUACUCAGGCAGCUGGAGCGGCGGCUGCAGGAAUCCUGCUCUGUGUGCCUGGCCGGGCUAGAUGGCUUCCGCCAGCAGCAGCAGGAAGACAGGGAGCGGCUGCGGGCACUGGAGAAAUCACUGGCUGCUGUGGAGGAGCGGCAGCGGCAGCUCCUGGGACCUGCCAUGGGUCGCAGGCCCCUGCAGGAAUGCUGCCCUCCAGAGCUGGGCCGACGACUGGCAGAGCUGGAGCGAAGGCUGGAUGUAGUGGCUGGCUCGGUGACAGUGUUGAGCGGGCGACGCGGAACAGAGCUGGGAGGAGCUGCUGGGCAAGGGGGUCACCCCCCAGGCUAUACCAGCCUAGCCUCCCGCCUCUCUCGCCUGGAGGAUCGCUUCAACUCUACCCUGGGUCCCUCAGAGGACCAGGAAGAGGGCUGGCCCAAGGAACCCGGGGGCCUAGUCCAUUGGCUGCCUGCUACCCGGGGCCGAUUAGAGAAGCUGGAGGGGCUAUUGGCUAAUGUGAGUGGGGGGCUGGGUGGACGCUUGGAUCUCCUGGAAGAACAGGUGGCAGGGGCUGUGCAGGCAUGUGGGCAGCUCUGUUCUGCAGUCCCUGGGGAGCAGGACUCUGCAGCCAGUGAGAUCCUCAGGGCCUUGGAGCGUCGAGUGCUGGACAGUGAGGGCCAACUGCGGCUGGUGGGCUCGGGCCUGCAUAAGGUAGGGGCGGCAGGAGAGGCCCAGCAAGUUCUGCUGGAGAAACUGCAAGGGGUCAUGAGCCAGCUCCAGGAGCGCAUGGAUGCACAGGAGGAGGCAGCCUCAGAACUCGCACUGCGGCUGAAUCUCACAGCUACACAGCUGGGCCAACUGGAGGAUCUGUUGCAGGCCCGUGGAGAUGAGGGCUGUGGGGCCUGCAGUGGUGUCCAAGAGGAGCUGGGCCGCCUUCGGGAUGGUGUGGAGCGCUGCUCCUGUCCCCUGUUACCUCCACGGGGCCCUGGGGCUGGUCCAGGUGUUGGAGGACCAAGCCGUGGGCCCCUGGAUGGCUUCAGCGUGUUUGGGGGCAGUUCAGGCUCAGCCCUUCAGGCCCUGCAAGGAGAGCUGUCUGAGGUCAUUCUCACCUUCAGUUCCCUCAAUGACUCACUGCAUGAGCUGCAGACCACCGUGGAGGGCCAGGGUGCGGAUCUGGCAGACCUCGGGGCCACCAAGGACAGCAUCAUUUCUGAGAUCAACAGGUUGCAACAGGAGGCAACAGAGCACAUUACAGAAAGUGAGGAGCGCUUCCGAGGCCUGGAGGAGGGGCAGGCACAGGCUGGCCAGUGCCCCAGCCUGGAGGGGCGAUUGGGUCGCCUUGAGGGAGUCUGUGAGCGGCUGGACACUGUGGCUGCGGGAUUGCAAGGACUGCGUGAAGGCCUUUCCAGACACGUAGCUGGGCUCUGGGCUGGGCUACGGGAAACCAACAGCUCCACCCUGACCCAGGCUGCCCUGCUAGAGAAGCUGCUGGGGGGACAAGCAGGCCUGGGCAGACGGCUCAGUGCCCUCAACAGCUCCUUGCUGCUCCUGGAAGACCGCCUGCAGCAGCUCAGCCUGAAGGAUCUCACUGGGCCUUCGGGUGAGGCUGGGCCCCCAGGACCUCCUGGAGUCCAGGGCCCCCCAGGCCCUGCUGGGCCUCCUGGCCUUCCAGGCAAGGAUGGACUAAAGGGACCCAUUGGACCACCAGGUCCCCAAGGUGAACAGGGAGAGGAGGGGGCACCAGCAAUCUCUGUGCCCCGGGUGGCAUUUUCAGCUGCCUUGAGUUUGCCCCGAUCAGAACCAGGCACAGUCCCCUUCGACAGAAUCCUGCUCAAUGAUGGAGGCUACUAUGACCCAGAGACAGGUGUGUUCACCGCGCCACUAGCGGGCCGCUACUUGCUGAGCGCGGUGCUCACGGGACACAGGCACGAGAAAGUGGAGGCGGUGCUGUCCCGCUCUAACCUGGGCGUGGCCCGCAUCGACUCGGGGGGUUACGAACCCGAGGGUCUGGAGAACAAGCCGGUGGCCGAGAGCCAGCCCAGCCCCGGCGCUCUGGGCGUCUUCAGCCUCAUCCUGCCGCUGCAGCCCGGGGACACCGUCUGUAUCGACCUGGUUAUGGGGCAGCUCGCGCACUCGGAGGAGCCGCUCACCAUCUUCAGCGGAGCUCUGCUCUACGGGGACCUGGAGCUCGAGCGGGCGUAGACCAGCCGCAUCGUCUCCACCGCCACACCGCCACACAGGAGCCUUUCCGGGCAUCCAGCCCUCGGGGAGCCGCUGCACCAGCCCCGCCGCGCUGCAGACGCCCAGAGCGGCCUCCUCACGCGCCGGGGCACGCGGGCGCGGGGUCCCGGGCGCCCCCAGUCCAGCCCCAGCCAUCGGCCUGAGCACGGCCCCUCCGGACGCCCCAGGACCCUCGCUCCAGGAGCCGGAGCUGAUCCUGGAUCCUUGAUCCUCGAUCCUCGCACCCCUUGCUCCUCCCUCCACCGGCCUCCAGGCCACUUCCCUGGCUCUAUCCAGGGCGUGCCCGGCCGGGCCCGCAACGCCACCGUCAUUCUAAACUAUUCAGGAAUA